CUGCCGCCUAGUUUUGAUGUAGAUAGUAACGGUAUCGUCUGUCGGCGUCUGGAGUUGGAAAGGCUUUUCACAUUGCCCGGUAUUGAGAUUGCAAGCCUAGCCCAAGAAGCACUGUUACGGUUACAGCUCUUCCGAAUUAUAAUGCGCAACAAAAUGGCAUCGCAGCUCCGUGCAAUCCAUAUUUUCGUUGGACUGGCUAUUCUCGUCACAGAACUGCAGGCCUUGAAAUAUGCACUGCAUUUCAACUGUAACAACUCUGCAGGGGAGUACUUGGUCAGCUCACAGAAGUGGUCGCAAGCGAUCAGCAUGACAGCUGCUAACUCUACAUGCGCAAGCAAAAAUUAUGAGAUUGUUAGUACAUCUGGAAAAGAACUGUGUGUUUCAACGUAUUUGAGCCACAUCAACAGCAGGCUCCAGACCAAUCUGGGAGCGUACAGUUCCACGGGAUGCACUCCGAAUUCCUCACAGUGUUCACCAUCGGCCAUAGUUAUCUGCCAAUCAUCUCGAGAAGACGCAAAAAUCACCGGCAAUAGAUGUCUGAAGAACUUGAUACUGAGUAACGGAGUAGUAACGUAUCCAUCUGGCGUCAUCUUUCCCUCUCAAGCCCUGUAUGACUGUAAUGCGGGCUACAAGAAUACUGGUGCAAGCCACGCUGACUGCAACCAAGUCGGCAAUUGGAGUAAAGCCAAAGGGAAUUGCCAAGGAGACAAACUACAAGGAUCUACGUCAACGUACAAUGUCGAAUCGUUUGUGGCUGACGUUACGAAGCUCACGAGCACGGAAGCUGGCACGCUGAAGAUGCCUGCUUACAGCCGUGAAGUUCACGAGCCGUUAGCCGACCAGGUUGAGGUCUGGUCGGCACCGUGUGUUGUCCUGGUGGAGGGUGUGCAUGCACUCUGCACCGACGCGCCGUUCACUGCCCUGCAGCCUUUCUGGGAUCUCAAAGUGUACGUAGACUGUGCGGAGAGCGUGGCUAAGCCACGCGCCAUACUGCGCAAGAUGAGGGGUUGUCGCGAGCGGCGCACGGCCGAGCAGCAUUACGAGCGCGUGGACGCCGUCAAUCGCGCCGCAGUGGAGAAGCCGGUGAACAUGGCCAACUGUGACGUUCGUCUUUCCGUACGGCCGACGCAGGAUCCAGAUUGUUCUACUUCUAUGGCAGCCGAGAUCAUUAAUGUACCAGACCUCUCUGCAAAGGUCACGGGAUAA